UCACUGGCUGCAAUCAUUGGUGUUUAAUUCAAAUUCAAUAUUACGAGAGAAAUAUUGAAUGAAAGUCACUUAAUAGCUGUUUCGGUUCAUUUUAAAUGAGAGAAAUAAAGAGAGAGAGAGGGGGAGAGAGAGAGAGAGAGAGACACUCACAUGAGUAGCUUUAACCGCUUUAGCGUUUCGUCGGCAAACGGUAUUAGGAGUCAGUCAGCGAGGACACUUCAGGAAUAACUUUUAAUAUAUCGCCCAUAUCACGCCCGAACGCGUAGAUAAGACAAAUAACUAAAAUGAAUACGUAAACAACGUGAAAGCCACGUCACAAAUAGCCUUUUUUCAUUUGCGAUACGAAGGUUAGACGAUGAUUAGCAGCUGAUAUCGUCAUUAUCGCUCUAACGAGCAUUGAAUAUAGUGCCGUUGGUACGAAUUACGGGAAUUACGGAAUAACGAAUUUGGCAGAGGCGUUUGACAAAAAGUCUGUUAUCAAACGGACAUUGUAUAGAUCUUCGCACAUCCAUACAUGAAAUUCGAUGUCGUGGAUAACGGAGCGCAAACUGAACUGGGUGCAGUUUUUGGCUUUAAAGAUCAUAAAGACUGGCAAGAUACCCAGGCAUGUGGCGUUUAUCAUGGAUGGUAAUAGACGUUUCGCGAAUAAACAAAACAUAACAAAGAAAGAGGGUCACUCAAUGGGGUAUGCAUCUUUGAGAAAAUUUGCAGAUAUGCUGAUCAAUCGCAUUAAUAUUAUAUAUUUUAUUGACGACAGGUUUGAAAAAUUGGCAGAGACAUUGAGCUGGUGCAUGGAUCUUGGUAUUACAGAGGUCACAGUUUAUGCUUUUAGCAUAGAAAACUUUAAACGUAACAAAAAAGAAGUUGAUGAACUCAUGGACCUUGCCAGGCAGAAGUUCAAGCGACUCUUGGAAGAAACAGACGAACUGACAAAGGCUGGAGUGUGCAUUCGUGUGAUUGGUAAUUUUUCCUUGCUUCCAGAAGACGUAUACAAAUUAAUCGCUCAAACUAUGGCCGUCACUAAGGACAAUAACAAAGCAUUUUUAAAUCUUGCUUUCUCUUAUACAACAAGGGAUGAACUUACCAAUACAAUUAAAGACAUAGCAAAAGGUAUAAAGCAUUCUGAUAUCUUACCAGAAGAUAUUAACGAAGAUUUGAUUUCUGACUGCUUGUACACUUACAAAUCCCCAAAUCCAGAUUUAUUAAUUCGUACUUCUGGAGAAAUUCGGCUUAGUGAUUUUCUCUUGUGGCAAAUUUCUAACACUUGCCUCUAUUUUACCAAUGCAUUGUGGCCUGAAUUCAGUAUAUGGGAUUUUCUUGGUGCAAUUUUUUAUUAUCAGAGAUGUUAUUCUGAUUUACAAAAAGUUAAAAACAAUUUUUUUCCAAUUGUGCAUAAUAAUAGAGUUUCCAUGUAUGUUGAUAAGUUGCACCGUGAACGCGAAAUUGCGAUCGAAAAUAUAUAUCUUCCAACAGUUCAAUCCUAGCAACAAAUGGAUUCUAGUAAAUAUAAGAAUUAGUAAAAUAUAGGUUUCUUCGUUGUUUAAAAUCCUAAAAAAUUUUUGUUAAAAGGGAACAAACACACAUGGUGUGUGUGUGUAUGCAUACACUAGUGGAAAACAAAGGGAAAACAAAGAUGCUAAUUAAAAAAAUACAAGUAAUGCAAACAUAUUUUAUAUUAAAAAUUAGUUUUACUUUACUCCAAAUCAACUUUCCAUUAUAGUAUAGUUCAUUAUUUUUGUCUCAGGUAAUUUUACUCCAUCUUGUGAAUUUAUGUCUACCAAGUAUUAGCAAUUCUUAUGUUUUGUGCAUUAGAAAAAUAAAAUUAAUGAUAAAUUUACAAA